GAUACUACAAAGUGGUCUUUGUAAAACUAAAACUGUUUGAAGUGAGUUUGCCCCACAAGGGCGAUGGAAAGAGGGUCUAUACCCAUAUAUAUCGGACUGUUACUAUGGAUUCUGACCCAAACAUCGGCUCAAAGCCUCAGUCAUGUAUGUAAUUUUACACGGACGAUAAGUCAAGAAUCAGAGGAAAAAUGUGCCAAAUUCAUAGACAAGGUGGUAACGGGAUGGACGUUAAACCAGACCAAGUCCUUUCCAGGAAAAACACCCAAACAAAUCAACGAUAUCGUCAGAAACCCUGGUGACUUAGACUGCUUCUUCUUCAAGGUCACACAUGCGACUUCCCAGGGCUGCUGUAAUGGGUGGAUCAGCUCACAAGAAGGCACUCUGUUAUGUGACAUUGCGCACUGUACCCCGAGUUGUCAAAAUGGUGGACAAUGUACGAGUCCAACUGAUGUUUGUACUUGUCCCCCCGAAUAUACAGGAUACCGGUGUGAGGAUAAAAUAUCAGAUGCUUCGAGCACCAACAAGUUUUGUUACACAGACUCCCUAUGCUCCAAAGCUAAAGUGGAGAAAUAUUAUAACCAGAUAGUAACAGAGGCCGACUGCUGCACUAAUGGUGGCAGAGGAUGGGGUGUUGGCUCAAACGACUGCAGCAAGUGCGCAGUCGCAAACACUACAACGGAUACUUCGGUUAUAGUACAGACCAAUGAACUUCCGUUCCAAACGUGUCUGAACUUUGGACCAAGCUAUUACCGAACAUUUGAUGGACUGGAGUAUGAGUUCGGAGGAAUGUGUACGUACACUAUGCUUAAAGACGCAGACAAGGGCUGGAAUGUCGAGGUGACACCGAAGAACUGUGCAAGAAUAAGCGAAUGUACAAAGAAAGUAACCAUAUUCCUUGGAAGCGGAGAGACUAUUUCUGUCGAGGCAGGACAGGUGAAGGUGAAUGAUGUGGACUUCAUUCUGACAGGGGAGACACCGAAAUCUACACCAGAUAACACAUUUACUGUACGUAACAUGAGUGGGUGGAUAUUUGUGGAUUCUGCCAAAGGUGUCAGCUUAAAAGUGGACAGUGAGUCGACCGUGGCCCUCACCAUACACAGCGACAAAGUUCAGGGGGACGUCAAAUUCCAAGGUCUCUGUGGGAAUUUGAACCGUGAUCCUAGCGAUGAGUUCAAAACAUCCUCCGGAACUCUGUCCAGCAGUGCAGUUCAUUUUGCUAAUUCCUGGCAGGUGGUCAACUCUAUCGACGGGAGAAGGGAUGUUGCAGAAGUAAGUUUUGAAGACUAA